AUGGCGAUGAAGUUGACAACAGAAGCCGUGAAAAUGCGAUUCCCUGGCGUAUCAAAUAUGUCCACUGACGAACUUUUACAAUUAAUAAGACAAGAGAGUUCCAAGCUACUAUUACUGGUAGGUGGCUUAACGAAAUGUUUUAAAAUAACGGAGGAGAAAGUGCUGUCUUCAAUCUGCAAACGGUUUAAUUCGGGACUUGAAACUCUCAGAUUUCCUUUCUUAUUUUCCUUCAAAAUAUUAUAGAAACGCUUAUAACCCUAGGUUAAAGACAUUAAAUGCCACCUUUUGAUAUUUUUCUAAUAAUGGUUGUCUUUACACUAGGCAAUUAAGUAAGACUGCUAAGUUUUACUUAACCAAAAAUGCGGGUCUGAAUGCCCACGUAAAAUCUCAAGAACCUUUACUGUGCAUCUCAUUAAAGUUGGAAAGUUGAAACGAUUCAAGAAAGUUUCAAGUGACUUGAAAACCAGUCAGUGUAAUAUGAAGACUGUGGACUGCAGACUGCGGACCAGGGGUAAAAUGCAGACCGUGUGUAAAAUGCAGAGUGCAGACUGAGAGUAAAACGCAGGCUGGGGUAAAAUGCAGACCGAGUAUAAACUGUAGUUGUGGAAGGGUUUAAGGGCAAAAAAAUCCCGCCAAUACGUGUAAACAGUCAUUGGGAGGAAAUCAUUCCAACAACAAAGAAAGAUGUUCUGCAGGAAAUUUGGAUGACCCUCUAUGAAAGUAUUGCAAAUCAAGGCACACAGACUUAAGCUGUUCAGAUGCUCAUUGAAACUUCUGGCGAAUAUGCAAUGUACUUCGACUAGGAAGCGAGGUGUGUAACUGAUACCAGCUUAAGAGCUAGCUAUUUCACCUAUUUGGAGAAGAAGGAGCACAAAUGAAAAGGAAAAGAGAGCCUGAUACAAACCUUCUACAAAACGUCUGCCACCCACUUUUUUGAUUGAUUGACAUUAUAUUUGCCGAAUCAGCCAAUCAGAUUUACUUCUGUUGCUUGUUUUUCUAGUAUGCAAAUUUUUCAGGCGUGGGAAAAAUGCAGACUGGCUGACUUAAAAAAAUCUUUUAUCUGUUAAUUUUUUCAGUUAAAAAUAAAACAGUCAGCACAAUCACAUUUAACUUCUUGCGAGAUUAAGGGAAAUCUCAAAGGUUAUUUCUGUUGGCGUAGAAGAUAAAAAGUUUUCGAAAAGACAGCGACACGAUGUUCUACUAGUUUUAUUAUUUUAGCGAGGCGCGAUCGAAUUUAAAAUACUGAAAUUUCUAUUUUUCUGUUGCCUUAAUAUUUUCCUCGGCAAUUUUCCCUGAUUUUCAGUGCAUAAAUCUGUAAAAACAAAAGCAAAUAGCCAACGAGUGAGGACACCAGUUUUCCUGGUUUAUUUUUUACAAAAAGCGAAGGCAAACAACCAGUCUGUUACCUUUUUACUAGUAAUAAUGCCUACAAAAAUUCCUUGAACAGCGAUGCGAUAUUUUUCGUCUAAUACUUCACAGUUGGCGAUUGAGGUUUCUUUCGCAGUGAGCCUACGCUUGUGUGCUCCGUUCAGAGAAGUCAUUCCCGGCUAAACUUUCAAAUGAAACCAGUUUUAAGAUGGACAGUAUUUUGAUUUGCACUCGUUUGUUGGUAAAUCAAAAGACACCUUGUUAGCGGUCAACAACUUGCAGAGGGAUUCAACUCCGCGAUACACUCACAUUAGUUCCGUAAAUAAAGCAAAUCCUGAGAAGAUAUGAACAACCAUAUGAAUUUUCUGAAUUUCCAUGGCACAUAUUAAGGCAUAUUUGCCUACCAUAAGACCAUAAAACAAUAAAAAAGACGGCAAAUUUGAUCCUUCCCUCCACUGACGACGGAUCAUUCACGAAAACAACCACGCGAGGAAUAAGCGCUUUCAACUUCCGGCAAUUCCGACAGCCAAUCAGAUCUUGUGGCAUUGUUCUAACAGCCAAUCAGCGUUACGCCCAAAAUCUGGCCGUAACGAGCACAAUCGUGGGAGAGUUUGUAUCAGGCCCAAUUUAAGCGGUAGCCAUUAGAGAGAAUGUAUGAGAACUGCUAACAUUGGACCUGAUCUCAGGUUAGCACCCAGCCUGCUUUUUACUCUCAGUCUGCAGUCUGCAUUUUACACUCAGUCUGCAUAUUUUUACCCAUAGUCCAUAGUCUGCAGUCUGCGUUUUACACCGACCGCUUGAAACCCGUCCUUAUGACUGACUUAGCUGACUUGUGGAUUCUUGAGCUUUGAGAAAGGCAAAACAUGUCAAUCAAUCUUAAUUAUUUUGCAUGGGAAAAAACCUUAAGUUAACCUGAAGUGAAAAAGAAUCGUAUCGGUUGUGUGUGAAGCUUUAUUUUACUUGAAGUUAUUAAAAUUUACUUGUCUUGAAAUAUUUCUUAGCUUAUUUAGGCUCUAGUGAAAAGACUACCAAUAUCAUUCCAUAUAAAUUAUCCUAUUAUUCAUUCAAAAUAUUUCUUCGUUUCUGAUUUGCUUAAACCACAUCCAUAAUUCAUCAUAACCAGCUACUGUGGACCAAAUUUUGAAGAAUUUUGCCACUGGCAUUGAACUGAUGAUGUCAAAAGUGCAGGUAAAUUUGCGGAUAAUUCAACGAUUAUGGAACAGUCGGCGGAACAUUUUACUUGUUUCACAGCAAAAUAUUGUCUAAACACAUGGCAAGAAGAGCACAAAGACAACUUGAUGAACGACAUCUGCUAUUUGGGGUAUAUUUGCAGACCUGAACAGCCCUUUAUCUCCUAAACUUCGCGAUAAAGAUGCACGAUUGAUGUGAAAGUAACAUCAACCGAAGUAAGCAUGUUUUAGCUUUUCAUUAACUUGGAAUUAUUUUGAAUGAAUAAUUAUAAAGCAAUAAAUUAUUUUCCCCUCAAAAAAGUGAAUUUUUUCCACAUUCUUUAGAAAGAUUCUGAAGUCGGAAGCCCACACAGCAACCACCUCAGAGAUAACUGUUCAAAAGAACCCGCUCACUUAAACUAAGUAUGGGAUAAAGUCCCUGGUAGACGUAGCUUGCAUGCAGGCAUUGAAAGGGAUGGGAAAAGAAGGAAAAGAGAGAGGGGAUUGGGGAGAAAAGGAGAGGGACACCCGCCUUAAGAACCCUCUUUUGUUCAUCUCUGCGGCUGCUUGUGUCCACAAAUUUCUGAUUGGGUGAGUCGUAAUGAGUAACUUAUUGACAUUGUUAGUAAGAAAUUUUCAUGAUUGAGUCUGGUAUGAAAAUGAUCAAUACCCUUUUUUCAUGUUGUGGAUGGGGGCAGGGGGGGGGGAUUGUGGGAAUACAAAGGGGGGUCCAAACCUUUCACUUGCCACUCCUUACAUUCCCGGCUCCUUCACCUUUUUUCUUGGCCUCCUCCCUCUAGCUCUUUCUUGAUUGCAAAAUAUUACGCAUUUUUGCAUAAUUUCCCCCAUUUCCCUCGCUUCCCACCCAUUCGGAAUUCCCCCUCCCACCAUUUCAUUUCCUUCCUCCUGUAGAUAUUCUCCCAGGCUCCCACCCCCUGUCCUUCCUCACUUAAAAUAAUGUCAAAGCUUAAACAUAUGGUGCAGUUGUUCAUUUUAAUGUUCAAAAAAAUGGUUAAGGUUUUUCCUUUGGCUAAUUUUUAUUUCCACGUCCUCCCUUUUCAGUGUUGGGAUAAAACAGAACAGUAGUACUUCCCAAAAAUUUUGACAAUUAUUAUUGUAGGUCAAGUUCAAUAUUCCUCGGUCUCUACUAAAUGCCAUGUUACUAAACAAAAAAAUUGGACCUCCUGCUUAUGUUCAAUGCAACACUUACAAAAUUCUCUCAUUGUAGGAUGUUCGUGAGGAGAAAGAGUUUCAAGUCAGCCAUCUCUGUAAAGCACAUCAUAUAAAUCCAUCACAAAAAGACUUGGAGAAAGUAGUUAAAUUGAUUGAUGAAUCAGGUACUAAAUUGUAUAUUAUUGUACCCCUUCUCUCCCCUGGAUACACAGACCUUUGUUUUUAUUUGCUUCUCCAAAGUGUUAGGGCAGUUAGAUUACGAGGUUUCAUGUUAUUGACUGGAGAUGUAUGAAAGUGUGGGAAGGAAGAUUUUCCUCAUGGUUUUGUGAGUAACACCUCGAACUCCAGAUCUGGAGGUUGGGGGUUCAAGCCUCAAUCCGUCACGUUGUUUCCGUAGACAAGGAACUUUACUCCACUUUGUCUCUCUUCACCCAGGUUUAUAAAUGGGUACUGGCAACAUACUGCUGGCGGUAACCCUAUGAUGGUCAAGCGUCCCAUCCAGGGUGGAGAAGCAAUAUUCCUAGGUGCUUCAUGCUAAGGAAACUGAGAUAAGCUCUGGCCAUUUGGGCCUUUGGCUCGUGUGCGCCUUUACCUUACCUUUUUUUUGUGUGGUGUAAUGCCUAUUUGCAAUGCACCCAGCUUGCCUUUCUUACAUUAUUUUCUUUAAGCUACCUGCAAAUGGACGCAACAACUCCCAACAAUGUUGCGUCUUUAUCUCCUAGGUGCGUCAAUAGGUGAGGCUGUAACAGUUGUAUGCUACUGCUCCUUGGGUUACCGAUCUAGUGCUCUUGCUCAACAGUUGGCGUAUGAACUGGAUAAACCCGUCCACCAAGAAUUGAAAUCAAAAACUGUCAUAUAUAAUUUGGAGGGUUCGAUCUUUAAAUGGGCAAACGAGGGGAAAGAUCUUGAAGACAACAAGGGAAGAAAAACUGUGUAUGUUCAUCCUUAUAAUAUAGUUUGGGGAAAGCUUCUUAAUGCUGAAUUGCGGAGUUCAGAACCUUGUGAGUCACGCCAAGAGACUGCUAUGCAAACCUCCUUGACAGAAGCAAAGAUGUAGUUGUAUUGUCAAUCGAUUGCCAACCGGACUACAUGGACCUAUAAUUUGCAUUUCUACCGAUCAACUGUAAUACUAAGUACAGUCGAACCUCCACACGCAACAAACUCUCGUAAGCGACCGCUUCUCUUAAACCUUUUCAAAACACAGUUAAAGCCGAAAGCCGCUGGAAAGUCGUAAACGACCGCGACCACUUUUGGGCGUAACUGUUUCUCAAUGUUCUAUUGAUUUUUAAACCUCUUGUAAAUAUAGUAGGCCACCACUCGACGCAUGGUCUG